CGGUAGCGACCAUGUGUGUGUGUAUGUAGUCGCCUUUCCUGCACCGGCACAGAGGCGGCCGCCCGCGUUUGGAAUGUUUGUGUUUUGACGAUGGCGACCCGGGCCCGCUGUCGAAGUGCGUUGUUGGCAGCUCGCGUGCUAAAUGGCGGCCAUUUUUCAUAGUGGCGGCCCUUUCCUUCCCCCCUCCACGGCUGUUACAUUGUGUGUGCGCGGCCUAACCUUGGCAGAAAUGGAAAACAAUGCCGGGAGUUGCAAACGGCUCGCUCCAACAACCACCACCACCACCAACACCACCACCAGCGCCAAACCGGAACGCAUGCUGCGCAUUGCCCAACCGACAAUCGAUCACAACCGCGCGAGGAUCAUUUGCGGGCAUUUGCACGUUAAGCACGAACCGGGAUCGUUUAAUGGUUUCAGGUGUGUGUGUGUUUCCGUGUGUGUGUGUGUUGAUGGGUGGCUUAAUGGCCAUCGACCUGUUACAGACCGAUGAUGACGAAUUGUUGGUAGAUCGCACACGAUCACUUCGCCGCAUCCUUGCGCUGUCCGGAGGAGGGGGAAAACAGCCAUUUUCCUAAACAAUUUCCACUUGCAAAAAACACCGAAGGGGGUCUUCUUCUCUAUGUAUUGGAUGCGCAAUCCUUCUCAGCUCACUAUUUCUUCACCAUUUUGUACAUCACCCUUCAUUGUUCGUUCGCUCACCGCUCGUCAGCUUUAUCGUGUGUAUGUUUUUUUAUUUCUUCUUCUUCUCUCUGCUCUGCCUUCACUCAUCAUACUCGCCGCCGAAAGUACAUUAUUUGUAAAUGACACUUUUGCUUAUUGUAUCUAUUUUCACCAUUCACAUCCACUCACAAAAACACGCGCUCUCACUCAUGCAUACGACAAUUGUUGGCAAGCAACUUGAUAAACGGUUGUAUUUCACUUUUCACGUUUCAUUGUGCCACUUUGGUUUUAUUGUUUGUGUGUUUGUGCUCUUAUUCACGAUCUCUCUCUUUCUCUCUUAAUGUGUGUGCAAAUUUUUCCUUCUUCUUUAGUGUAUGUGUUUGUUUUUUUUUCGCUUUAAUUUUCCAUUACCCAUUCGUGCCUAAAUCAUUCGUUCUGAUCUCGCUCUUUCCUUCCCCAAAAUAUUCGGCAAAAGAAAAACACACAUAGGAAGGAUUCCCAAGAGUCACCAAAGACAAAGAUGGGUGAGGAAAAGCCGAUCCCGAUCUCUUACCCAUCGGUAUGCUCCGUAUGUGCUUUAGCGCGUGCUUUUGCUUACAUUCAAGGUACCGUCCGAGACUCUCUUUUACUACUCUUUCUUUUUUUCUGUUGCUUUUCCUCCUCCCUCCUUCCUAUUCUUUACCGUCACUUUCAUCGUGUGUCUUCUUCGGCAAAAGCGCGUCAUUGUCGGUGUGUGUGUGUGUCAUCGAAAACUGUUUCUCAAAGUGCUUGUGCUGCUGCCGCCAUUGUGCCCUUACUGUACGCUUCCGUCAUUAUAUUCCUAGAACGAAUUACAAUUUCCUGUCCCGUAGGUUCGCUCUCUCUCUCUUCGUCCCUCUUCCACACUCCCUUUCCCAAGGCAACAGCAAUGUUUGAUUCAAUUCGCAAAACAUUAUCGAAUCUGCGCUCGUUAUCAGAUUUCAUUUCCCCUCCCAUAGACACGGCCGGUGCCGUCAAUGUCACUGCCUGUGUGCGUUAAAGACCUAGGGAAAAAGCAAAAAAAAAGGGGGGAAGACAAAAAUAAUAGUGUAUUCAUUGCAGAUCAUUGGUGUGUGAUGUGUUUUCCGAUUUUGUAAGAAGCGCUCGGGGCUUGGGCAAGGCAAGCGUAAUGCCAUAGCGCACACACACACACACACAUACAGGCAGUGCAAAUUGUUCUGGCAGGCUCGAAUCUCGGCACAAGUGACACGGCGCUAAUCUAAACAAAGCGAUUGCGGGGAAAAGAAAAAAACACAAGAGCUCUUGCUCCGUUCGAAAAGUUUCGGCCAAACAUUCGCUUCCCCCUUUUUGGCUGUGCGCUCCACAGCAUGCACGAUACAAAAGAGCACAUUAAUAUCAGAAACGUGAUUAUUGUAGUAAAUCCUCCGUGGGAAUCGGGCGGCAUUUGAAAUACUGGCGCCCUCGGAAUGGCCCUGCUGCGCUGCGCUGCCACGCUAUCCGGAUUCCGGUCGACGGCCACCGGAGAAAGACCUCCCCGUUUGCGCGUACGGGGUUUUCCCUGUUUGAAUCCGCCCCGAACGUGUGUGUUGUCCCCCCAGUGGGUUUGUUUUACUUUUCCAACACGGUUCAAUAAGUGGCCCUGCUUUUUCUUCACCUCUUGCUCCUUCUUCUUCUUCUGCUGCUGCUGCUGCUGCUUUCAUCAUGCAGAUGAUUGGAAUAAUCAUUCUCUCGAUUGGUGGUGCGCGAGCUGAAAUGUGGGUCCCACCGCGGUGGACCAAAUAUGAAUUGUGGCAGCACCGAGACCACCGAAGCACUAAAACACUGUGAAUAAGACACACAAACACAUGCGCACACACACAGA